AUGUACAAUACUGCAUCUGUUUCACGGAAUGCAAUUGUUGCUACUGGCUUGGUAAUGUUUGCAGCUGCAGGUUUGGCAUUUCCGUUUUACAUGGCGUCAUCACCGAAGCCUGUCAUUGACCCAUCAAAGCCGCUAUCACCCCAGGCAACUUUUCGAGGGCCUUAUAUAAACACUGGCUCUCGCGACGUUGGACCUGACUAUCAGACCUACCCGAAGAAGUGAUCACUAUGAUGAAGGGACAUAUCUGUAUUUUCGACUGAGAAGGUCUCUCUUGAUCUACAAAUAGAUGACGUAGAAAUCCAACAUUCUUCUCGUGCUCACUUUUGAAUGUGUUAAAUUAAUUGUCAGUGAGACUUC